AUGAAGAGGAAGGUUUGGUACGAGAGUGCAGCGCGUGGAAUUGAGGCUCGACUUCGUGCGGCAGCCGCCGCAAGUGCAAGUGGCAGUGGGACUGGGUCAGCUCCGCCCGGUGGCGUCGCGCGUGGUGUUGUACUUUUUGUAGGCGAUGGCAUGGGCAUGAGCACUCUCACAGCAUCACGUAUACUUUCGGGUCAGCGCCAUGGAGGCACCGGCGAGGAAGCUCAACUUGUCUGGGACACUUUCCCAGCAGUUGCUCUAGCAAGGACAUACAAUAUGGAUGCUCAAGUUGGAGAAUCCUCGGCAUGUGCAACAGCUCUCCUUUGUGGUGUAAAAGCGAAUUAUGAAACUGUGGGAUUAGAUUCAUCCGCUCGCUUUGAAAAUUGUUUUUCUGCUUACAACGCAAAAGUCCCAUCGUUAAUGAACUGGGCACAAAAACAAGGCAAGUCGACAGGCCUUGUAACAACUACGAGAGUGACGCACGCGACACCUGCUGCGUUAUACGCCCAUUCACCUAGUCGAUAUUGGGAGGAUGAUGGAAAAGUGCCAGCGGCAGCACGCACAUCCUGCAAAGAUAUUGCUCGUCAGCUUCUGGAAGAAGAGCCUGGCAGAAGCAUUAACGUGGUGCUCGGUGGAGGUCGAAGGCAUUUCGUCCCCAAAGUGGCAUUGGAUCCUGAGGAGCCUGAAAAGGAGGGCAGACGCCUUGAUGGAAGGAAUCUAAUCGAAGAGUGGUCGAGAAAUCGACGACUUCGGAAUCUUCCUGCAGAAUACGUCGCAAACAAGGAGCAAUUCGAUAAAAUUGAUCCAAGAAAAGUCAAUCAUUUAUUAGGACUGUUUUCAUACUCACAUAUGGAUUUCGAGGUAGAUCGAAACACUAAUGGCACUGGGGACCCUUCGCUGGCUGAGAUGGCGGUGAAAGCACUUCGCAUUCUUGCCAAAAAUCCAGAAGGAUACUUCCUGUUCGUUGAAGGUGGGAGAAUAGACCAUGCUCACCACUACAACAAUGCUUAUCGCGCCUUGGACGAAACUCUAGCCCUGGAGGAAUCUGUCAAGGCAGUCCUGGACGAAGUUGAUCUCUCAGAGACUCUCCUAAUUGUCACUGCUGAUCAUUCCCAUGUUCUUACUCUCGGCGGACUUGCUACACAUCGUGGGAAUCCAAUUUUCGGAUCUGAUAGCAAAGUUUCAGAUAUCGACGGGAAGCCUUACACAACUCUUUUGUACAGCAAUGGACCAGGCCAUACAGACCCACGAUCGAUUGUGCGGGAAGCUGGAAAAGAUUCCAUUCAGACGUCCGGUGUCCCGAGGACUUGGGCAACCCACGGUGGAGAGGACGUACCAAUUUUCGCAAUUGGUCCACUGGCGACCGUCUUAUUUUCCGGUAGUGUGGAUCAGAGUUACAUUCCACACGCUAUUUCCUACGCUGCAUGCCUGGACCAGCACGCCAGUCGCUGUUCCAGAGAAUCCGCUUUGAACGACACGAUUGCCCCAAUCAGCUGUCCCUCUGCGGAACCUAAUAGUGCCGCUAUAUCUAGUGACGUGAUGAACGACCAAGCUCGCAAUCUACCAACAAAAUCGAUUGCUGCUGCUAAUCGCGAUCAAUCGAUCGCCAACACGCUUCUCAUGGAAGCUUUCUUAUUACUACUUCUCCUAAGGGAAAGUUAA